AUUUCCCCCCUCACCGCGACGACGAGACGAGACGAGACGAGCGAGACCGACGCGCGACUCGACUCUACAAGACACGAUGGCUACUUACCAAAACGGCGUGGCUCCGGCCCGCGCCAUCGAUGACGACAGCGAUGUCGAGGAGGAGGCUCUGGUGGCCGAGUACAAGGAGCAUGUUCAGUAUGAGGAUGGUGAUGAUCUCAGCCGCACCACUUCUUUGAACCUCACCGCGCAGACCGACGAUAUCCAGGCUCGACUUGUGCAGGCCGCUCAGCCUCUCGAUUUCCAGGCGCCUCUUGAGGCCAAGUUCCAGAGCUACGAUGCUUACUGCAGCUUGUUUCAUUUUAUCUUGAACUCCGAGGGCCCCGUCGAUCUCGAGCCCCCUUCCUACUACUGGGCUUGGGAUGUUAUCGAUGAGUUCAUUUACCAGUUCAACUCUUUCUCCUCGUACCGUAUGCGAAUUGCCCGGCAAACAACCAACGAGGAGGAGCGUCAGGCUCUCCGCGAGAACCCCAACACCUGGGGCUGCUACAGUGUUCUCAACGUCCUGUACUCCCUUAUCCAGCGAUCCCAGAUCACCGAGCAGCUCGCAGCCAUGAAGCGUAACGAGGAUCCUUUGGCCGUUGCCGGUGAAUAUGGCUCCAAGAACCUCUACAAGAUGCUGGGCUACUUCUCCAUUAUUGGUCUUCUCCGAGUCCACUGUCUCCUCGGAGAUUUCAGCCUGGCUCUCAAGACCCUUGAUGAUAUCGAGCUCAACAAGAAGGCUAUGUUCGCCCGCGUCAUGGCUGCUCACUUCACCACUUACUACUACGUGGGUUUCUCCUACAUGAUGCAGCACCGUUACGCCGAUGCCAUCCGCAUGUUCAGCCAUAUCCUCAUCUACGUCUCGAGGACCAAGAACUUCCAGAAGAGCGCCCAGUACGACUCUAUCACUAAGAAGAACGAGCAGAUGUACGCUCUUAUUGCUAUCUGCGUCGCUUUCCAGCCCACUCGUCUGGACGACACCAUUCACAGCGCCCUCCGUGAGAAGUAUGGCGACCAACUCCUCAAGCUCCAGCGCGGUGGCCCCGAGUCCCUCCCCAUCUUCGAGGAGCUCUUCCGCGCAGCGUGCCCCAAGUUCAUCUCCCCCGUUCCUCCGGACUUUGAGAACCCCGAGGCCAACAUCGACCCCGUCGAACACCACCUCGCUGUCUUCAUGGAUGAGGUCAAGACCAACAUGUGGAGCCCCACCAUCAAGUCUUACCUCCGCCUCUACACCACCAUGGAUCUUAACAAGCUCGCUGGUUUCCUCGAGGUGAAGCCCGAGGAGCUUCGAUCAUGGCUCCUGGUUACCAAGCAGCGAACUAAGCAAUUGCGAUGGCAGGACCAGGGUCUGCUUGAGGGUGAGCUCGUCAACGUCAGCGACCUUGACUAUGCUCUCCAAGGCGACCUCAUUCACAUCUCUGAGGCUAAGGUGGGACGAAAGCUUGUGGACUGGUAUCUCCGAAACCUGUCCCGCACCUAUAACUGAGGUGCUAAAGAGAGAACUGACUAGUCGUUUUUUCUCACAUUUCAUGGGGUCUUCGAUUCAAGCCCGAAAUAAGCGCAUAGAGCGCUGUGGCUGGAUCCUCCAAACGACCCAGGGUCAGGAGAAUACCUGGGGUUAUGCAGGCCGACUUGAUAGGAUGCAUGGCAUGGCAAAGGCGUCUCGGAGUUGGUGAUGCUCGUGCAAGAGCUUGAGAAUUUCUCGAGUUUAGCUGUAUGUGCGGCAGAGAUAUGGCACUUCCUCCUAGAGGUACGAGAGCCUGUGAAAAGGCUAUGAAGAAUAAAAGGAAUCAAAAGUCGUUUAAUCAAAUAUCAUGAUCC